GUAACAUCAUUUCUGUGCGGUAUUUACAUUCGAAACGUUCCAAACAAUGAUGAAGCGAAAACCGCAAGCAGUGUUGUCAAUUGAAAAAAAAUACGACAUUCUUAGGAUGAGAGAUAAAGGUGAGGAUCAAAAAUUAAUACAAGAAAAGUACAAUGCUUCAGUAACCUGCUUGGACCAUAUAUAUAAAGAAUACCAAGAGAUUAAAAGACUAUUCCAGGCCAAGACAUUGGAUAUUAGCCGUUCCAGAAAAUGUACAAGAUGGCUACAUGUAAGGGAUCUAGAAAGAAUUGUUUACCAGUUGUACUUACGGUGUAGGCAAAACAGAAUACAAAUGACAGGAGUAGAGGUACGGAGAAAAGCUUUGGAAAUUAAUGAAAAAUUAAAGGGAGAUCCUGAUUUUAAAGCCUCUGACCAAUGGUUUAAAAACUUUAGAUCUCGUCACCGUAUAACUGGUAAUGAUGUCGAGAAAGAUCUUCCAAUAAUAAAUGUAGAUACACUGAAUACCUUUAAAGCUCAUUUUAACACAUUUCUGAAAAACGGGGAGUUCACAUUGGAGAACGUUUACAAUGUCGUUUACACAGUAAUGAUGUGGAAGGGAGUACCAGAAAAAACUUCGAUUUUUAGGCGUGCGAAACAGGCAGGAAACCAACAAAUGUUGGAAGAUCAUGUUACUGUACUUUUUUGUGCAAAUGCUACCGGAAGUCACAAGUUGCCGGUACUAAUAAUCGGCAACAUUGGAGAAACUCAAGGUUUAUACAAUUUGAAUACAGAUGCCUUUUCAACUAUCUACAGAGCAAACGCCAAUGCUUGGAUGAGCAGUAACAUUUUCAAUGAGUGGUUUAGGAAAUAUUUCUUAGAAUCAGUUAUAAGAAGACAACUGAAGAAGGGGCGCAGGGAGAAAACGUUGUUAUUACUAGAUAAUACUAGGUUGAUUCACGAUCUCAACGAUCUAAAUAGAAAAGAUAGAUUCGUUACAGUUAUAAGUAUUCCACUUAACAUAUCACCAGUCGGGCAACCAAUGAAUUGUGGAAUAAUUUCAAGUUUCAAGAGAAAGUACCGAAAAGAAUUGGUGACAACAUUAGCAUCAUUACCUCUCUACAAUACGAAUGAUGAUGUGAUAGACAUGCAUGAAAAAUUAGACAUGUGGGAUUGCUGCAGCAUUGUACAUGAUGCUUGGUCUUAUGUCGACAAUGCAAUAUUGACAAAUGCGUGGGACAGCCUUUUGAAUCGUGAAAUCCAGUGGAGUGAGGAAUACUCACUAAGAAUGAAAUAUGACGCAGUUAAAACAAUUGAAAUACUGCGUAGCUUACCUGGAUGCGGACGGUGCGAUGAAGCCAGUGUGUUAAACUGGUUUGAAAAUGACGAAAUUUGUGAGGUUUUCAUGAAGAUAUGUACCAACGACAUUAUUCGAGAGUUUGAAAACAAAACUGUGGAUCGAAUGAACUAUUUCUACGAUGAAGCUGGGCCUUCUCAUUCGAAGCUUCCAAAAAUGAGUUAACAUGGUUUGAAGCACAAAAUGAAUGUAACUUGGAGGAAUUGCUUAUAUUAAAACGUGUAUAUUAAAAAAUAUAUUAAGAAAUAUAAUAUGAUUUAGCUAUAAGAAAAUUGCGGAACGCGUAUGAUUUGAUGUAGCGUUUAAUUGUUUGCAUGUACCAUUUGGUUUGAAAUAUAUGGCACACAGUACAGAAAA